CUAUCGUAAACCGAUGCCUCAGCACUGGAUCUGUAAAAUCCGAGGCGGUAAACGCAGUCAAGAGCUCGAACGGACAGCACAAGAAGCGGCAAAAUGAACCUGUUCAGCAAGAUCGUACAUUUCCUCCUCAUCCUGGAAGUGGCAAAUGGUUUGGGGGCAAAUCUCACAGCUUGGCGACAUCACAGAAGGCAGAAGCGUUUCUUAAUUUAUCAAAAUGGCGGUGUUAUCAAGUUUGUUGGGGGCUGUGCCUUUCCAGUGCCUUUAAUGGAGAAAAAACUCUGGCGUCAGUUGGUCUGGCUCAUGAAUUUCCACUACCAGUUCAAUGAACCCCAAACUCCCAUUUAUUGGUGGAAACUUUGGAAUAGUUCCCGUGGCCUCAAGGGACCCAUUACCCAUCUAUCCAAUCCAUCAAUUCCUCCUCGCUUAUUGGUAGAUGAACCCCAGCUCUUACUUUUCAAGUUCGCUGAGGGUUAUAUGGAUCAGUUGGGUCAGAAUGGAAGUGCCUGUUUGGAGCGCCUGAUCUGCGAAAAUGGGCAGGUGGACGAGCAUAGUGGACUUUAUGCAGAACUUCUUCACAGAUUGUUAAGACCCCAUCGAACGCUGGACGAUCGAUAUUUGGAUGCCUGGAGAAUGGGUCGCCAUGGCGUCGACUGUCGACGAGCCUUUCCAGAAGCUGAUUACUGCGUUUUGGACGAUUACAUACACCUCCAUGAACGGAGACCCACACAGAGUUUUCUGUAAGCCUAGAAUUAGAUUUCGCAGAAGCUUU